UUUUUCCCGAGGCGUAUUCAUCACUGAAUAAUGGCCUGAAGAAUGUCUUCAACCCUAAUUUGAAAAAACGUUUGAAAAUCUCUCCAUUCCUUCUUACCCCUAUGCCCAAACAGCGAUAUACCAUUCGACAGCGACUUAUCAAAGAGUGCGAGAAGGGCUUUUUCGAGGCCGCAAAGCGAUAUGCCGAGCACCAGUCGACGGGGCCAUUUGGUAUCCAUGAACUGGAGAUGUAUUAUAAUGCGCUCCAGUACCUGUACCAGAAUCGAUAUCUCGCACCCCGAAGUCGUCUGCCUUUCUCGACCGAUUUGAGGGACAGGGUUCUCGAAGAAUACAGUGCGCACCACUUCAAGUCCAUAAUGCACAUUACACCAGCUCAGUUUGCGUCGUUGGUGGAGUUGAUCAGCAGGAGCAGUCAAUUUCGACCCAAAAACGACAAUUUCCCUCAGGCGCCCGUCGAAAUCCAGCUGAAAGUCGCUUUAUUUCGUCUUGGAACAAAAGGAACUGCAGUCGAGAAGGUUGCUUGGGUUUUUGGAGUGAGCUGAGGAUCCGUCCAUGCCUACACUUGCCGAUGCAUCUUGGCAAUCGAGGACUUGAUGCCUCAGUUUGUUGUGGGGCCGGACCGAGCGAGAAAAGCAGAGAUCAAAGCAUGGUUCAAGGAGAACAAGGGCUUUCCUGGCGCAAUUGGGCUGUCGACGGGGCGCCGAUCCCGUUUGAUCAAGGCCCUUCAUAUGACACCAAGUCCUGGAUUACUAGGAAAUGUGAUUAUGCCAUGAGCGCCACGGCCGUUGCUGACCACCAGGGACGCUUUACAUACUUCUCGACCGGGUACGUUGGAUCUAUGCAUGACGCGUUGGCCUACAAGAACACCCGCCUUUACACCAGACAGGAUUUUUUCUUUCAAGGAGAGGAGUACCUACUUUCUGAUGCAGCCUACGCCUUGACCCGCACGGUGAUUCCGAGAUACAAAGGAGCGACUGGG